CAGUAAAAAAAAAAUGAUAAAAUUUCAAUAUAUAAAGCGUCGCGAAAUUCCUCGUUUUUUGAAGCAAAAAAUACAAUUUUUUUUACAUUUAAUUAAGAAAAAACGAAAAAACUAAAAAAUUUUUUUUACAUUUUAAUUAAGAAAAAAACUAAAAAUGAAAAGUCUCUUCAAUAAAGCCAUGAAACGCUUUAGCGGUGACGGUGACACAAUAGCAUCGUCUUAUACUUCCACUACCACUACUACAACACGUUAUGAAAAUGGUGUACCUGUUGAAGUAAUUACUAAAACUACUACAAACGAUGAACCCGCUGAAGUAAUUACCAAACCUCUUACAAACGACGAACCCGUUGAAGUACUCGAAUAUGAAGUGCACGAGCAUGAAGAAACAACGCCCGUAGAAUGCGAUGUUGAAAAACCAGUAGAAAAACCAAUAGCAAAAUUAAUAACAAAACCAGUCGAAAAACUCGCAAAGAAACCCAAUAAAAAAACCGAAGAACGUGAUCCCGAUGAACCGGAAAUGGGUCAUGAAAGUAUUGUAGGUUACCAGGGCGAAAGAAGUGAUCCUGCUAGUCGAUGUUGUCCUAUUGUAGUUGCUGAUGAAUUCGAAAAGCAUCUUGAUCUAACUGAUCACGAUUUUUCUAAAGUCGAUAAGUACGCCAGAGAAACUCCAGCGAAGGAAGCUGAAAAUACUGACCGAUUAUCUAAAUACCUUACUAAACCUUGGAAUGAAGAAUUAGAUAAAUUACGUUGCAUUUUUACUUGGAUUACUGAAAACAUACGUUACGAUACCGAUGCAUUUUUUGGAGGCAACAUUAAACAUUGUGGUCCAGAAGAUGUUUUGAAAACUCGUAAAGCAGUAUGUGAUGGAUAUGCUGGAUUAUUUGAUAAAUUGACCAGUGAUGCUGGUUUAAAAGUUUGGAGAAUAAGUGGAAAAUCUAAAGGUGCUGGCUUUAAACCUGGUUGUAACAUUGAUAGUCGACAAUUUGAUCAUGCUUGGAAUGGUGUACUUUACAAAGGAGAAUUUCUCUUGGUUGAUAGCACAUGGGGAGCUGGAUAUCUUAAUGGAAUGGACUUUGAAAGACGUUUUGAACCAUUUUAUUUUCUUUGUUCUCCAACUCAAUUCAUUUAUAGUCAUUAUCCAGAAAAACCAGAUCAUCAAUAUGUUGAACCAAAACUUACUAAAGAAGAAUUUCUUGAUAUGCCAUAUGUUAAACCACAAUUUUUUACUUCUGGAUUAAACUUUGUUAAACAUAUCGGUACCGGAAUUGAAAUAUCAGAUGAUAAAGUUGAAUUUGAAAUUGAAAGAGUUCAUCCGGAUGAGAGCAAACCUUUACAUGCUACUCUUGAAUGGGAAGGUCAUAACGAAGAUAUACCAGUAAUGAUUCAAAGGCUUAUUACACCUGGACCAAGAGGUGGCAGAAAAUUCAAAUUAUCAUGUACUUGUCCAAGCAAGGGUGAGGGAGAAUUUAACAUUUUUGUUAUGUUGGAGGGUAAUAGUGGACCAAUGGUAUCUAGUUUUAAACUUAAAAAUACAGGAUCUGGAAAAAAUUAUGCACCAUUUGUAGAUACUUAUAGUGUACCAUUUAGUUUUACAAUCCAUAAUCCUAUUCAUGCAAAAUUAAAUUAUAAUGAUAAUGUUAAAUUUGAGGUUACAAUAUUUGAUUUGCCCGAAUCAGAAUUACCUUCAUUGGCAUUAUUCUUACCAGAAAAGUCUGCAAGAGAUCUUCAAAAAGUUUCAAUUCAAAAAGUUACAAAUGAAAAAGAUAGUUAUACUUAUGCAAUUGAAACUUGUAUUGAUCAAAAGGGCAAAUGGGGUUUAACUUAUCACACUAGCCCGACCCAAUUUAGUUUUAUUGCUCAAUAUACUGUUGAGUAAAUUAAUUUAUUCACUUAUGAUAAAUUAUUUGGAUGAAAAUAUAUAAUUAUUUAUUGAUUUAUUUAUUAAUUUUUAUAUUAGUGUAAAAAAGAAAUAUUAUGUAUCAUUAUAAAUUAAAUAAAUUAAUAGUAUUUUUUGGUUUAAAAUAUAUUGAU